GUCACUCUCGCUACCCGGUUUUUCUCAAUGAUUGUAAUUGCACAUCCUCUGAUUCACGGUCGUCGUUUCGAUGAAUAUCGACUUGCACUCGCUUUCCAUGGAUAUAGGCUAUCGCGGAACCACACUGUGCGGCAACGAUGGAAGAAUCACAAUUUAACGUGAUUAAGAGGAAUAUACCAAGCUCCUUAUGCACUUCACUCUAACUUCAGCUACAAACCAGGCGAACUAAUUCUACGUCGGUUAAUCAGAUUUUUGUAUCCGGCAAGCCUAUACGGAAUCACCCAUAGGAGGCUCACAGCUUCGUAUCUUUUGGUUUGCUAACCACAUCAUCCUCUACACGUAUGAGUAUCUUCUCACGAUGAACUCUUCAGCUACAUCGAAAUGCUGGAAAGGACGAAACACCUUACUCUUUUCCUCCCCUACAACUACAGGUAGAGACACUAGCAGGAAAAACAUUUCCAAUUCCGAUACGCCUAUGUUUUCGCCAUCAACGACUCCUUCGAUGCCAUUUUCAUCAUCAGCUAUACCAUCAGGCACGACAUACCUUAUGAAUCCUGGCGUAGAGUCAACAACCAGGUCCCACUUCCGCCGCCGUCAUAAUACUCCUCCCCUAUGCUCCUCAUUGGAAAGCAACAUCAUAAAUCAGGACCACAGUAUUGCAGUCGAUCCCGCUGUAUGCACAUCACCCCUUCGAAGGUCACCGAGGGUUUCACCUAGACGAUCACCACCAUUACGUCGUACCACGAACGUUGUAAAUCCCUUUACGAAUACAACGCUUCCAUUCCAAUGCCAUCAGGACCAAGAGACCUACACCUCCUUCAGCCGCGAUAAUGACCAACCUUCCUCACCUGAAUCUGACAUCUACUGCCCAAGAGAGUCAUUGCCGGUGUCUUUCUCCUCAUCAGAGACAUUACUUGAUGAGCCUCGGUUUUCCUUCGACUCUACCGAAGUCGAGGUGUUGAGUACACCUUUCCUACCUAGAGUUAUUAAGGAAGGAGAAAGAGCAAUUGCGACGCGGAGACCAUCGACUAUCACCAUUGUUGAAGAAGGCAGAGAAUGGUGGGGAUUCAAGGACGAAGGUAUACGGAGCGCGGCUGAGGCGCUUGGUGUUGACUUCCCUAUAGCUUGCUGUGUAACUGGAAACGCAACUAGAGGCGAACGGGAAGUGGGGAGAGAGGAUGACAUGGCGUUUUGGCAUUGCAAUGGAAGGUUGCGUCGACGUGCUUCCUCCGAGGAUAAUGGGGGUAGAAGUGGAUGUCUAGGAGGUGGGCUGCAUACUACACGAAAGAAGAGAAUGGGGUGGAAAAAUUGGCUAACAAGGCUGGGAUGUUUCUGGAUAGAGUAAACGUGAGACUUGGUGUUGAUCGUACAUCUCCACAUGACGUCUGACCCCUGAGCUUUUGUAGCAUCAACACGAAGAACCUUCCACCCCUCGGUUAAUUU